AUGUCCAAGAAACAGCGUCAGCGCCUCAUGAACAGUGCCAUCCAGAAUGGACUUUCAUCCGUUAACGCCACGCCUAUCCUUCCCGCGGAUAAUGACCGACUCACCUCCCUGGGUUAUCAUCUGGCCAACCUCCCCCUGGAACCGCAGUGUGCUAAACUCCUUAUUUUGGGCGCGCUCUUCUGCUGUUUGGAGCCUAUCCUCGCGGUGGCAGCCUGCCUUGCCUUCAAGGAUCCCUUUGAGGUGCCGUUGGAUAAGCAGGCCAUCGGUGAUCGCAGGCGUCAAGAGUUGGCUGGCGACUCCAUGAGCGACCACUGGGUCUAUCAUGUUGUCCUUUCUGUGAGUUUUGCCUGGUGGCCUCUUGGCAUUGUACUUGCAAUAUCCCAUCAGUCGCUUCUGGUGGGUUGA